AAUUUAAAGUACUGGGAAAGAAAAAAUCUGAAGAUUUAAUGAUCUCAAUCUUCUUCGCAACGAAAUGACACGGUCAACAAUCGACGGCAAUGGCUGCUAACAAAAACCCCUAGAUUCCUUCUCCCGUGUCCCUCUCAACAACUAUGGAUCCUUCCACAUGGAAUUGGAAGUCGCUUUUGCCUCUCCUUCUCUUCGGCUUUUUCUUCCUCUACGAAGACUGGGUAUCAACUCCUUCCUGCACCAUCGUGCCUAGCAGGACGCACACUGGUCGAGAAUAUAAUGUCGUUAAAGAGGAGAAGCCGAAGGAGGAUUUGAAAGUCAUGAUGGUGGCCAAUUUGUUGCUUUAUGGGUCCGAAGCUGGCUUUUUUAAUCAAUAUUUUAGAGACUAUUACAUGUCUAAGUUUUUCAAGAAAUCUUUUUAUACUUUGAAGCCUGAUAUGCUGCUAGUAUUGGGUGAUGUUUCGGCUAAAGGAUUUGAGUUAACAAAAAUUAAAUGGGUAUCUGUGCUGCAUAAUUUUCAUCGAAUCUUGGGACCGUUUCUUGAGCUCCCGUUCCAUGUUGUUCUUGGUGAUAGGGAUGUCGGGGAAUGUAGUAAGCUUGAUGUAAGAUCUGUUCAAUGGUUAGCUAGGAGUUUUCCAGGUUUAGACUCAGCUGGUUGUGGUGCCUUCGAAAUUAGUAAUGUUAGCUUUGUCUCACUUAAUGCCGUUGCAUUGCUUUGUGGCAAUAAUAAGUUACGGUUUAGCGUUGAAAGGGCAAUAGAGACAGAAAGCAUAGAUUUCCAAAUGGAAAUUGAAAACAUAUCAAAGGUGGUGGAUGAUUCUGGAAUGUUCACAGAACUGGAUAACUUUAGGUGGAGAGAGAAUGCAAUGUCAUCUGGAUCUGGCCCAGUACUCUUCCUUCAUUUUCCAUUGCACCAGACAGCAAAUGACAGUUGUAGGGAGGGCAGAAAUAUUGAAAAAUUUGCUAGCUUUUUUCAACCUGGCUCAAAUGCACUGCACAGCAGGGAAUUGACCGAUAGUGGACCCUAUGACUUAUUGCAGUCAAUCCCGCCAAAUGCUUCUGAAUAUAUUCUUCAAGCUCUCAAGCCAAGGAUUAUUUUCAGCGCACACACCCAUGAAUUUUGUGAUCACACUCACUCAGAUGGGACACGUGAGGUGACUGUUCCUGCAAUGACAUGGAAAGCGAGGGAUAACCCCGGUUUUAUAAUUGCUACUUUUCAUAGUGACAGAAGACUUGUAAGUGUCAGCUACUGCUCCCUUGCUAGAGAAUCUCAUGUAUUAAUAGUGUAUAUGUGUUUUCUGAUUCUGUUAUUGACAAUAUGGCUGGUGGCAAAUACCUCUGCUUAGAGUUUUAAGAUGAAGUGGGAAUACCUGUAACCUCAUUUUUUGUUGUACAUUAUUCAAAUUAUGAAUUUUAUAUCAUUACAAUGAUAAUCAUUAUUUAUACAAUGAGUGAAAGAGCUUAUACUCAUAGAGGCUCAUUUGAAACCUA